AUGUGUUUGGAUGGAGGAGCAGGGAGUGAUCGGAUUGAGAGGGCAAUAUGGAGGGCUGAAUUUGAUGUGCAAUUUUCUCAAUAUGAUGAGUCAGAUCGUACACCAGCUCUUCGAGAUCAAAUUUUCCACAAAUUGUUCGGAGAAGAUGGACAUGGAUACUGUAAGACCUAUGGUACUGAUGUGCCUCGAAGUUUAGUGUACCAAAAAGACAAAUGCUCAUCUGAUGCACCAAAUCCUGCUUUCAUUGAGAAAAUAUGUCAUACUGUGUGUGAAAAAUUAGAGCUGAAAAUUAAAGCUGAAUUUGACAAGGUUCAUGCAAGGAUUGGUGUGUUGGAAUCACAAGCCGAUAAUGUAGGUGGAUCUAAGGUUAAUGCCAAUUAG